AUGAGCACUCUUUGGAUGGGAAAUCUGGAAUCUUACAUGGAUGAAGAUUUCAUCGUCCAUGCGUUUGCAACAAUGAGAGAAGCAGUAAAGAAAGUGAGGUUAAUUCGCAAUAAAAAAACUGGGGAUCCUGCUGGCUACUGUUUUGUGGAUUUUGCUGAUGAAGCCACAGCUGAAAGAUGCCUCCGCAAAGUGAACGGAAAGCCGAUACCUGGCGCUAUGCCGCCCAAAAGAUUCAAACUGAGUCGGGCCACAGGAAUCGGGGCACAGAAGGACAACAGUCCCUCCUUCUCUCUCUUUGUAUCAGAUCUUACACCAGAUGUAGAUGAUGGCAUGCUGUAUGAGUUUUUUUGCAACCACUUCCCUUCAUGCUAUGGUGGGAAAAUAGUCCUGGACAGUGAAGGCUACUCAAAAUGCUGUGGUUUUGUGAGCUUUACCAGCCAGAGAGACCAGAAGAGGGCCUUGGCUGAGUUUCAGGGUGCUGUUGGAUUAGGAAAGAGGGCAUUGCGUCUCAGUUUAGCCUGCAAUAAAUUGAAUAAGAAACAGGACACAGAGAGCCAAUCUUCAAAUUUUUAUGCAGAGAGCUACAACACCUGUGAUCAGCAUUUAUAUUUUUGCCAGGUUUUUGAUACCAUGAGUGCCAUGAACUAUGACUACUACUACACAAACUACUCUCAGGACGUGAUACAGAGUUAUCAGGAGAUUGAAGAUGACAGUCUGGAGUACCCAAAUCCUGAGUUGGAUGUUAUGGAGACCAAUAGAAGGUUUAUGGAAAAGAGUGAAGAACUGUACGAUGCUUUGAUUAACUGCUCCUGCCAGCCUCCAGAGUCAUGGGAUGGAGUCACCUGUAGCAUAGAGUGCUGCCUUCCAGAGCCAAUUUUUGAAUGGGGAAAAAUAAGUUUGCAAUGAACCACUGAACACUUGUCUUUUGUUUUAUCUUUGAAUGGGAUACUUUGUUUCAAUCACCACUUAUGCAUUUUAAAAAUAUUACCGCACCUUCAAGUGUUCUCAAAUUUUGUAUUAUAUUCUUAUAAUGGAAUUUAUGUUAACACUUUAUGCACAUUUGCACAGUUUUCUUUGUUUUUGUCUUUUGGU